AUGACUCGCGUCUCUGCUUCUUCAUCAAGGACGCUGAAGCCGCGCAAGGAUGGAAAGAGUAUUUCGAAGAAGAAAGGAGUCGCGAGCAGCUCCGGUCCUGCGAGACCAAAGCGUCCUCCCAUUGCUUUUCUCCUCUUCAUGGAGGAUUUCAGGAAGAGUUACAAAGAGGAGCAUCCAGAGAACAAAUCCGUUUCCGCCGUCGCAAAAGCUGGUGGUGAGAGAUGGAAAUCAAUGUCUCUGGCCGAGAAAAGUCCGUACAUAGGAAAAGCCGUGGAGGGGAAGGUGGACUAUGACAAGGUUAUGGAAUCAUAUAACGAGAAUGAGAAUGUCAAAGAAGACGAAGCUGAGCCGGCAGCAUCAUCCGAAAAAUCUACUUCUGAAUCAACUCCUGAGGUUGAGGAUGAUGAGGAAGACAGUUCUUAG